UGGCCGCGGUACUGCGACGCUUGUAAACGCCAAACGGAAACAUUAAAUACACAACAGUCCAAAGACUUAUUCAUUACUGUAAUUUAACUAGUUCCUUCUUUCAUAACAACACUACCAAAAUGUUUCGUUCUACAAGCCAAGCGGCAGACCGUUGGCCGGGUUCUUCUAAAGCUAAGGAGAAUGAUAGCGAUGAAACGUAUAGUUGUGAUCGAUGUUCUGAAGGCGAAUGGUACAGCGAAACAGAAGUAGACGUGCACAAGCAGACAGUGCAUAAAAAGGAAUUGACGAAUUUGGUGCUUGGAAACUUGGAAUGUUUGUGUAAAAUGUGCAUACAAAUAUUUGAAGACAAAGACGAACUUAUAAAACACAUAAAAACCGACCAUCUAUUCAGCUCCGAAGACGCGACGCGCGUCGAGCGCGAGGUCUUCAUAUGUGACGAAUGCCAGAGCAUUUUCUUCAACAAACAACACCUGUCGGUCCACAUUAUUUACAACCACUAUAGAAUACGAGGGCUGGCGCGCAUCGAGUGUCCAAAGUGCCAGAAAUACGUGAAGAUCAGAACGCUCUGGUUCCACUUUCAAGUCCACAAAUUUCAAAGUGUUGCCAGCUGCAAGAUAUGCUUCCACAAGUGCAAGAACAGGCAACACCUGCGAGAGCACAUCAAGGGUCACGCCAAGCACCUGGUGUGCAGCAUCUGCCAGUACGAGACUAAGAAAGAAGACUUGUUCAAACAGCAUUUGGCCUUGAAACAUAGGAACAGCAAUGCGAUAGCUUGCAGCCCACAAUCGUACUUCUUGCCUAAAUGCGAGGAGGUUAAAAUACCGAGAGUGUCGUGUUUCCACGGGUUGUCACUGACGAACGGCGUGCGUCUGUGUGUGUUGUGCCGCGAGAUAUGUGUGAGUGAUCAAGAAAUGCACGAACAUAUAAAAGAGCAUAUGGCUGUGGAGAAAAAGUUGCCACAGUGCUACAGUUGUGUGUGUGGUGAGCAGUUUUUAAAUAAAGUGCUGUUGAAACAUCAUAUUUUUAAAUUGAAGGGCUCUCAUAGACAAAAGGAGGACUAGGUGUUGUGGUUUAUGGAUUAGUUUUUUUUUUGUCAUAAGUAGAAAUGUUUUGUAAUAGUUGCUAUUGUAAAAGAUAAUUUGAUCUGUGAACAAUUUUUUGUUGAUAUUUUAAUUGUAGUUACCUGUUAAAAUCAACAAUAAUAUGGUUAUUUAACAAAUGAAAAAGUACGAGAAAGUUUGGCGCCAAAAAUCCGCCAUUUUCUCGUUUAGUUCAGUGUCAUAUAAAAAUAAAUUGAUGUACAAGAAGUUUUAUAUUAUUCUUGUAGGAAAUUAUGAAAAUUUUUAUUAAAAUCAACAAGCUCUGUUUUUACGAAGUUUUUAAUUUCAUAUUGACACUUUUAAUAAUGUCAUUUUUAUGUUAAUAAUCUAUGGCUUGAAAAAUAUGCAAGUAUAAUAUUUAUUAUAAAUAUUUAUAAGUCA